AUGAGUGAUCUUGAUAGGGCGAUCGCCCAACUGCGCGCCUGUCGCUUAAUCCCCGAGGCCCAAGUCCGUGAGCUCUGCUACAAAGCGCGAGAACUUCUAAUAGAAGAAGGAAAUGUGGUUUGCGUUGAUGCACCAGUCACGAUAUGCGGGGACAUCCAUGGCCAAUUUCACGAUCUGAUGGAGCUUUUCCGCGUGGGCGGAGACGUUCCUGACACAAAUUACCUAUUUAUGGGCGACUUCGUCGACCGCGGUUUCUACUCGCUUGAGUCAUUUCUUCUCUUACUCUGUCUUAAAGUCCGUUAUCCAGACCGCAUCACCUUGAUCCGCGGGAACCAUGAAUCCAGACAGAUCACAACAGUCUACGGGUUUUACGACGAGUGUAUUCGCAAGUAUGGAAGUGCCAACGUAUGGAGGUAUUGCUGUGAGGUGUUUGACUAUCUCGCACUGGGAGCCUUGGUUCUUGGGGCUAGUUCGGAGUUGGAGCCGUCAGGGCCAGUUUAUCAUGACGCUACUCAAUCCACACUGUCGGCCCCCGACGAUAGCGAACUUGAGACUGAGGUGCUGAACUCUAAGGGCGACGUCACCAUGAGCACUUAUAGGCCAAGGCAAAGGACCUCGUUAGACAAUGGCCACACAACACCAACCAAAGAUCAGACGCCCAUAAGGUCCGGCGCUCCUGGAACAGGGGCCUCUGGCAGUGGAUCCGGCAGUUAUGGCAACAGGACAGGAGCGGUGCUCUGUGUCCAUGGCGGACUUUCGCCGCUCAUUGAUACUGUCGAUAAGAUACGUCUCAUUGACAGGAAACAAGAAGUCCCCCACGAAGGCGCCAUGUGCGACCUCCUUUGGUCAGAUCCCGACGAAAUCGACGGUUGGGGUCUGAGCCCUCGCGGUGCUGGCUUCUUAUUCGGAUCUGAUAUUGUGAAACAAUUUAACUACAAGAAUGACCUCUCCCUCAUUGCUCGUGCUCAUCAACUUGUUAUGGAAGGCUACAAAGAGAUGUUUGACGGCGGGAUCGUCACUGUCUGGUCAGCCCCCAAUUAUUGUUACCGAUGCGGAAAUGUCGCCGCCAUCCUGGAGCUAGGCGAGGAUACCAGUAACGGCGGUACGGUUACUCGAAGUAACGGAGAUUACGGAAGAAGCAACGGUAUCUUAACCAGUGCCGUGGACAAGCCAUCUCUACGUAGCCCUGGAAGGAGAUACCGUGUUUUCGAGGCGGCUGCGCAAGAUACAAGAGGCAUGCCUGCGAAGAAGCCAGUUGCUGAUUAUUUUCUGUGA